UUAGAGCAGCUGGUCCAGCAGCCGAGCUGCAGGAAGAGGAGGGACUUGCUGGGUUGCAGCCUAGAGUUGGCUCUGGCUGCCUCGGAAAAGCUGCUUCGCAGUUACAUGUAACCUGCCCCCCUCUCCCUGCCCGUUACAUCGCCCCGUAAACACUGCGCAGAGAGGCGCCGAGCGAGGAGCCGCCGCGGCCAUGUCUCAGCCACAUAAAGGGAAGAAGUCGUCCUCCUCCAAGCCUGCGGGCAAGGGGAGCAGAGCGCAUGGUGACAAGAAAAGUGGAGCAUCUUCUAAACCUGGAGAUAAAAAAGGAUCAGAAGUCACAGAGAAGAAACCUGCAAGUGCUAGUGCCAGUCAGCCUCCCAAAACACAUACAAGUGGAGCUGCCUCCACCAGUAAGACACAGCCCCCUUCUACUAUUGCAACAAAAGCAUCAGAUAUGAAGCCCACUGAAACAAAGGCUACUUCAAGCCAUAGCCAGACCAGUGGACAGCAGUCUCACAGCAGGAAGAGACACAAAGUUCAGAGCACACAAACUGCAAAAACAGAACCUGGAAAAGUAGCACAGUCACUAAAGCCAGCUGAUUCUCAAACUAAACAUCAGUCUGAAGAGAAGCAAAAGGAACCUGGUGGGGCAAAAAGCCCAUCCAAACCUUCUGUAGCGAAAAGUUCUAAAAAAACUAGUCCAGGAAAAGCGGCCACCGGUCAGACUGAAAAGUCAACGCAAGUAUCUUCAAUAGAAGAACCAAAGCCUAAAACUGAAAAUAAAUCACUAGCUAGUGGUGCAGCUGGUGCAGCUGCAGCUACAGUUGGUGCAGUGACUGCUGCUGGUUUGGUUGCGACAGCUGAUAAGCCAAGUGCUGAGACUAAAGAAAAUAAAUCAGCGGCUCCAUCUUCUGCUGUCGAAGCUGCACCUACUAAGCCACCUGAAAAAUUUGAUGUAGAUAAGGCCUUAGAUGACCUGAUAGAUACACUAGGAGGACCUGAAGAACAUGUCCCUCCCAGUCCAGUCUACACUGGUCCAGAAAUUACGGAUUCAUGUUCUUCUGCAUAUAUCGAAGAACUGGGUAAACGGGAGGGUUCUAUACCUCCAGGGUACAGAAAAUUAUUGGAGGGUAAAGGAGAUGACCAAGCUGUACCCCCAGAAAAAACAGAACCACCACCUCAGAAACCAAUGACAGAUGAUGAUAUUGCAGAUGCUUUGUCAUCUGAUUUUACCUGCAGUACUUCUACUCCUGGAGAGGAGAAGACAACUCUUAAAGAGAAGCCAACAGCAGAAGGAGAAAUUGUACAAGCACAGUCAACAAGUUCAGUCAGGAGUUCAGCUCCUCCUAAGGAGAAGAAACCAAAACUGGAAGAGGCAGCAAUAAGUGAUGAUGCACUAGAUGCCCUUGCUGAUACUCUUGGUGCACCAGAACCUGAACCGAAAGAAGACCUUCGUUCCAUUGUAGAAGUCUCAGAGGCAAAAGCUAAAGAGAAAAAAAUAAACAAGGCUGGUGAACGUGAUGAUACAAUCCCUCCAGAAUACAGAUUGAAACCAGCAAUGGAUAAAGAUGGAAAACCAUUAUUGCCAAAACCUGAAGAAAAGCCUAAGCCUGUAAGUGAAUCUGAUCUUAUUGAUGAAUUUUCAAAAGACUUUGUCUGUCCUGUGCCACCUGCAGCCCAAUCUAAACCAUCUAAACCCACCGACACAUCUAAAAAACCUGCAGUUACUGCACCUGCAAAGGCUCCUGCAGAGGAAGUUGUCUCCUCUUCUGCAGUUUCUACUGUGCAAUCAUCAGCUCCAUCAACUACUACUUCAGCUGGACAUGUGUCAGAUGAGGCAGUGGAAGCCUUGUGUGGUAGUCUAGGAAAGAGAGAGCCUGACCCAGAAGAAAACAAAUCUGCUGUGGAUAAAGUGAAGGAGAAAGCCAAACAAGAAGAACGAGAAAAACUGGGUGAAGAUGAAGAAACUAUCCCUCCUGAAUACAGGUUAAUAGAAGCAAAGGAUAAAGAUGGAAAACCACUCUUGCCAAAAUCUAAAGAAAAACCCCAGCCCAUGAAUGAAAGUGAUCUCUUGGAUGCUUUGUCAGAGGGAUUUGCCAGUUCUCCAGCAACAUUACCGUCUGCACCACUAGCUACACCUAACAAAUCCACAGCUGUUAAAUCUUCUCCAGCUGCCUCUGAAGAAGUUGUCUCCUCCGCUACAGCUUCUGCAGUGCACUCAGCAGCUCCUCCAGCUGCUACCCCAGGUGGGAAAGAGCAAGACAAUGCCCUAGACCUCCUGGCUGGUUCACUGGGACAAAGAGAACCUGAUCCUGAUGAAAACAAACCAGUUGUGGAUAAAGUAAAGGGUAAACCAGUAAAGCCAACAGCAAAAGAGGAUGUGAAACCCAAAGAACCAAAGAAGCCUACAGAUGAUUCUGCAGCUAUUGAUGCUCUAUCAGGGGACUUUGAUAAUUGUGCAAAAACUCCUCCCACACCACAACACUCAAAGGUGUCAGGAUUAGAGGACAAAAGUGGAAAGGAAGCUGCCACCACGAAACCAGCCACAAAGGACGGUGGAAAACCUGAAGAUCCUAAAACGGCAAAGGAGCAGUCCUCCAGUGCAAAACCUGAGAGCCAAAAAACAAGUUAAACUUUAAUAUUACAGUAUUGGGUGAUCGGCACAUAGUGUAAAAAGUCUUCAUUCUGCUGGUGGACAGUUAUUCCCAAAGAACAAAAGCUAAUGCAAGAGUGUGAGGUUAUUCUGGGUGGUUUUUGUACAGUGUUAUUUGCUGGAGGUUUUUCAUAUCAUUUUUCCAGGAAUGAAUUGGGGUGUUUUUUUUCUAACCAUUCAUGUUAUUGUAUUGAUACAUUUUGAAACUUUUUUUGUAAUUUCUUCAGUUCUGAGUGGGAAAGGAUGCUUUAUAUUUGUAAGAAGUCUAUUUCAUAAGAACUUAAUAGCAAUUCCAGAAACAGCCUGCAAACUUUUGCACAUAAUCUCCACAUAGUGCCUGUAAAUGUCAGUAGAGUUCUCUAGGUAUGAGCUAGCAUUUUUAACAUUGCAAAGAAUGCAUUAAGCAUUCUAAGAAUGUAAUGAGUUUUGGUUAACCUUGGCCUUUGUAGGCUGACUGUAUAAGGUAUUUCUUUGGGUGAAUUAUUGGUGAGAAAUCAUAGGUCAAUCACAGAUAUUUACAGGAUAGCAAAUUAAUAGAUGUAUCAUCUCAUCUGGACUCCUAAUAAUAAAAUGUCAAAAGUCUGGACAGUGCCUUUGUUACAGUGUAAAAAAGAGUCUCCCUCUCUCAAAUUAUGUCACCACAACUGUACUCUUAUCCUCUUUGUGCCAGGAGUUUCCUGACUACAGAUGCUAAUGCGAGUCACCUGCAUUCCUGGCCAUAUCAUACUGCAAGAGAGGGAAAGGGGGCCCCUGAAACUUAGCAAGAGUCAAAUGAAUGGGAGCUCCAAGUCAAGAGAAAGGGUGGCACUUUUGCAAUAAUACCAAGUCUCUGCCUCUCCACCCUCUAUUGAGACUCCCAAAAUGGGUGCAAGAGCAGAAGUUAAUGCUUAUAAGGAAUGGUAUUAACUUCUAUGAACUAUAUUUACAUGGUCCCCAGGGAAACAGCUGGCAAAGAGCAGCCAUUCCCUGGCAACCACAUUGCAACGCCGAAGAUGAGGCUAUUCUUUGAGCUGUUGUAGAUGUGCUACUUCCCCCAAUUUCUGUGGGUUUUUCCCUUCUUUGUGCCCCACAGCAAAGGGAAGCUUAGUGCUAUAAGUGCAAGAUUCUGGUGUCCUUACUCACAAUGAGUAACACUAUAAAUAAUCUCAUUGACUUCGAGGAACUACUCAGUGUGAGGUAAUGGUAGAUGAAAUAUUAGCCAGGGUCUCAAAAUCUGGUCCUAUCUAUCUCGUGUUCCAGACAACCAUUUUCCAGAGAGCUAAUAUGGAGGAUAAUCAGAAUUAUGACAACCUGACAGUCUGUAUUGAGAGCCUGUGUCACACUAAUAAAGUUUUUAGAAUGUA